ACUGCAAUUCCAUCCAGCCUAGUUCAUUUCAGUCAUCCGCUCAGUGCACAGACGGGACAAGGAGAGCAAAUUCAGCGCUGUUUAUUAGUCAAAGCCCCCCCUUUCCCCAUACUAAACGAAACCUACAAAGAAAAAUGGUCAAGUACAUGCGACAGAACAGCGAUCUGAAACCCGAAGAGGUCCUCUCGGAGUCUGAUGCAUCUAUGGACCAGCAGGAUUUCGGAGAGAUGUCCGACUAUUCUUUCAACGACGUUUUAUACAGCAAAUGUUCCGCAAUGGACCAAAUCGGCACUUUUAUGAAGAACGUGCAAGUGCUGCUCGAUGCGGCAAAUUACAUAGAAAAUAUCGAGAAGAGCAACGGAAAGUGUGAGCAUGGAUAUGCUUCGACAUACCCCGCAAGCCCCAGUGCCCAUCAGCAGAAACAACGUAAAUUCAAAAGCAGGAAAAUGGACAAUAUUCACAAUAGGUCAGCACACAAUGAACUGGAAAAGAAUAGACGAGCACACCUCCGCCUGUGUUUGGAGAGGUUGAAGUCCCUCAUCCCUCUGGGACCAGACUGCAGUCGGCACACCACACUGGGACUGCUCAACAAGGCCAAAGCACAUAUCAAGAAACUUGAAGAGACAGACCGAAGGAGUCAGCACCAGCUGGAAACCCUAGAAAGGGAGCAGAGGCACCUGCAGAGGCAGCUAGCCCAGCUGCAGACUGUUGGGGAGAGGGAGAGGGUUCGGAUGGACUCCCUGGGCUCCCGUACAGACUCUGAUCGCUCAGAGUCUGACAGAGAGGAGAUUGAAGUUGAUGUGGAAAGCACUGAGUUCUCCCAUGGAGAAAUGGACAGUGUUAGCACCAGUGGUGCAAGUGACCUGGAUGACCACAGCAGCCGACAGAGCUCCGCCAGCGAUGAGGGCUACUCCACCUGCAGUCUAAAACUGGCCUUCUCUGCUUAAAGCACCAGCCUAUACUCUUCAGCUGCAGUCUUUUAUGGCUUUCCACCAGUCAAAGUACCAGCCUACAGCUCCAUCCUCUCGUGCAGUUCAACUGUCCUCAGAAGAACAACCAGCCUAAUCCAGACUUUACCCUCCAUCUGAACACCAGCCUUAAGUUCAGCUCAGUCACAUUUUAAAAGGGUCUCUUUUCAAGAGCCAUGUGACUCGUCAACAAUCUAAAACACUUUCCACAACGGACUCCAGUUUAGCUUCCAGGCAAUAUACAAUUCCUCCAUUUUCAAAGCUGAAGUUCCCACUUUACCAAUCACCUGAAUGUCCUUAUUCCCAUUACCAGCUUAAAUCAACUUUUAAUAACAGCAUCUUAUUCAGAGCCUGUAAAGGAAAUAGAAUAACAGCAAUGUCCAAAUCUGGACGGACAACUCUACUUUUAGUCAAAUCAAUCCUCUGAAACCAGCAAAAAGAAAAAAAGUCCCAAUACCAGCUAGAAGCUCACCAUUGGGAACGAUUGCUCCAUUGCCUUGUAAAAACAUUGCCCUUUUUCUUUGGAUAAUCCUUAUAUAUCCAAACAGCACUUCUUGUCAGUGUACAAGCCAGUGGCAAGGGCUACAAUGUCUGCAUUCCAAAAUGUUUAUUACACUUUUACAAAUUCUUCUGCUUUAGGACUCACAACCAUUACUGAUUAAUGUGGUGUCCUUCUUCCGGACUGAAAUCCAGUCAUAUCCAAACAGGUGGUCUGCUCCACCCUUGUUAUUCUAAUUUAUUUUGCAUAUUAUAGUAUUUAUUUUUGGUAUAUUUAAUUGUACUAUAGCUAGGUCUUGAUUAUGCUUGAAUGAAAAAAAAACUCACUGGUGUUAUAAUUACUUUUUUUCCACAUUAUUUUAACCAAAAUGACUUGGCAAAUGAUCCCCGUUGAGGCGUAUGCAGUGCUACAGGUCCGAUGUACUGAACAACAUAUCUCAAACUUAAGCUAAUUUUCUUUUAGACUGUAAUAAGCUAUCCUGCACUUGUCCAAGCACAAGGUUCAAGCAAUACCAAGUCUUUGAUAACGACUCGUCAGAUCUCUAGUGUUGGCUGUUUGGUGCACUAUUGUCCAUCCAACACCAAAUAAAUUUCCACUUGCAACAGUAGCUGUGUCACUUAAUCAUAAUGAGCAGAAAAUAUGAUUGUAAUUGAGUUUUGUUUUAAAGCUACGAUGCAUGUGUAUUGAAUGUAGCCUUUCCAAUCAUGUUGUCAUGUGCUUUGAAUUGACAUAUCUUAAACCUGUCUAGCAUGAAAAACACUAAACACUACAGAGUAAUGAUCUUCAUUUGUAUUUCGGUGUUAAAUACUGUAUGUUUGUACUGUAGCAGAAAAUGUAUAAGUUGAAAUUCUUUCAAUUUGGAAAUUUCCCAUUAGCAAAGUCCAUUCGAUACACAGAAUUGCACUGCAAACCUUUUCCAAUUCAUGAAACCAAAUAAGACAUUUCAAUGACCAUCUGCCUACUCGUCGUACUAGAUCUCCACCAAUUUGUGUCUUAACAUGGGUAAAUAGACUCGCACAAAACUCCUUGUUACAGUCCCAACCCCCAAAUGUUUGGGAACCUGAAAAUGCACUAUAAAAUACUUUUGUUGGGCAAGUAUGUCGAAGCACACACCAGAAUGUUUUCCCUUGUGCUUAAUCAGUCAUCCAAGGUGACUUUUGCAAAUCAUGUGCUGCUGGUCCCCUGCUGAUACUUUGUUAUAAUUCCUGAUUAUUGUCCCUAAAUAAUAAACCUCAACUACCCGGAUAUAA